GCUUGCUCAGCCCUUCUGAGGCAGCUCCGCCAUCCUCGGGCAGAAUGAAUGCCCUCGAUGAUGUCCCCUUCAAGGUGCCCAAGGGUUUUGUGAUGGACACAGAGCCUGACCCUGCACCCGAGCUCAGUGUCCUGGACUGUAGAGAGCUUCUGCUUGGUUCCAUGUAUGACUUUAGCCUGGAAAGGAAGGCUCUCUUCUGGGUGGAAGCCGCCACCCAAGGACCUUUCCCCCACCAAAGUAAUGACAUGGGGAUUGCAUCUGCCCCUCCAGCCUGGUUCUUACUGGCCAGUCCAAAAUACAGUCUGGUACCUGCACCUGCUGAAGUCAGAGACCCAGAGGCUGGACUACAAGAACCUCCGGAGGAGGAGGAGGAAGAAGAAGAAAUAGGAGAGAAAGGGGCUGAGGAAGAUACCUCCUCUGUCAGCGAGGAGGAGCUGGACUCCAGCAGCCCUCAGCCAGGCUCCCCUGCAAGCCAACGCCGCUGCUCUCUGGACGUACUGCGAAACAUGAGGUCUGAGCUGGCUGGUGCUGGGAGGCGGCUCUCAGAGAGCAGACUAGCCAAGUGUCCCCGAGCCCUCCUGCACCGCUUCCGUGGCCACCGCAUGCUGAGCCUGAGCGCCAGCCCGGCACCAGCCCCUGGCCCGGCACCGCAGCCCCACAACGUCCCCGAGCUGCCCCCACGACCCUCUACCGCUGGCGCCAUGCCUCCCCUGCGGAGCCACAAGCCCACGGUCGCUUCCCUCAGCCCGUACACCUGCUUGCCACCUCUUAGGGAGACACCCCAGCCCCUCGUCUCCUGUAGAUUGCAUCCUGAUCCAGCAAAUGACCUGCUGUCUGCCCUGACCAAAGAGGAGCAGGACCUCAUCGGGCCAGUGGUCGCCUUGGGCUAUCCCUUGAGAAGGGCCAUCGUGGCUCUGCAGAAGACAGGACGGCAGAGCCUGAGCCAGUUUCUCAGCUACCUCAGCGCCUGUGAGAGGCUGCUGCAGCAGGGCUACGACGAGGCUCUGGUGGACGAGGCCAUGGAGAUGUUCCAGUUGUCCGAGCAUCAGGCAGGGGAGUUCCUGCACCUCUGGCAGCAAUUCAGUGACAUGGGCUUCCAGCAAGACCGGAUCAAAGAGGUGCUGUUGGUCCAUGGUAAUCAGCGUGAACAAGCCCUGGAAGAGCUGGUAGCCUGUGCCCAGUGACAAGCCAGGACACUCUGUGAUGCAUCGCCGACCAGCAAAGUACCAGACCUGCCUCCCAGCCUAAGUGUAUUAUUAAAACCUAAGGCUGAGUAGUGGUGGCAGCAGUGCACGCCUUUAGUCCCAGCACUAGGGAGGCAGAGGCAGGCGGAUAUCUGAGUUCGAGGCCAGACUGGUCUACACAGUGAGUUCCAGGACAGCCAGGGCUACACAGAGAAACAUUGUCUUGAAAAACCAAAAAUA